AUGACUGUGUGGGACAUAGACCCCAUAUGCUUUUAUGAAACGACUGUUUCAAACCACCAGUGUUUAUCCAGUUUGCCUGUUACUGUCUACCAGCCUCCACAGAGUGUGUCCAUCAGUGUUGUAAAUCACACUGGACCUAUGAGUGAGUGUGGCGAGUACACCCUGCAGUGCAUUGUGGGAGACGUUGCACCUGCUGAAAACCUCACCGUGAUCUUCUACGGGGGAGCGGCACCUCUGGGUCACAGGAGGUCGACGCACAGUAACGUGAAGGAACCGAGGAGUGAAACUUUCACUCUGAGCUUCAGCCCCAGCAGAUAUGAUGAUGGAGUCCAGUUCUGGUGUGAAGCCAGACUAGACCUGGGGCCUGAAGGACCGCAGCCCCCUCCUGUGGUGAAAUCAGAACACCUCGCUGCAGCAGUCAGCUACUCGGUCUGUCCAGAUAAACCUGUUUUCACUCCAUCCAGACUGGUGGUGAAGCACGGUGACCCAGCCAGCGCCACAUGCUCCUCCUCCAGGAACAACUGUCAUGAUGAGUUUUUACGUUUGAACGUAACUUUGGGUAAAGUGACUAAAAAUGGACCCAAACUGUUCUGGACUGUAGAUCACAUGACUGAGUGGGACCCACAGAUCGUUUGUUAUUUUGGAUUGGAAGAUAAGCUGUGUCACGCCAGCCUGCCUGUUACUGUCUACCAGCCUCCACAGGGUGUGUCCAUCAGCCUUCUGGUUCACCCUGGGCCUCUGACUGAGUGUGGCGAACACACUGUGCAGUGUACUGUGUUAAACAUGGCGCCUGUUGAAAACCUCACUGUGACCCUCUACAGAGGACUGACACCACUGGGCCGCCUGAGCUCUAGCAGAACCAUGAGGACACCGGAGAAUGAGACCUUCAGCCUGAGGUUUGACACCAGGAAAGAGGAUCUUGAGGCCCAUUUCUGGUGUGAAGCAGAGAUGGAUUUGGGGCCUGAAGGACCGCAGCCCCGUCUUGUGGUGAAAUCACAAAAAUUCACCCCACCGUUUGAUUUUUGUAGCGACGGUCAUGGGCCGCUGGUCCGGUUGCCUGGCAGUGCUGGGGCGGGUCAGGGGUGGGCGCAGGGGGCUUGGGGCUCUGGGGGCGUGCCGCCCCUGGGCUGUGGCUCUGGUGGGGCAGGGGGGCUUGGGCUCUGGCGGGCCGGUUGCCGGGCCCUGGGCCAAUGUGUGCCCUGGUGUCUGGCUCUGGGCUGGGGGCCCCUCAUGCGCUGGUGGUUUGCGGUUCUCAUGGGCUGUGGGUYUCCUCAGACAGUUUUUUAUCUGGAACAGAACAAAAUGUUUUCCUGCUCCACAGUUUUCGGGAUUUUGCUGCUGGGUUUUCUGGGUGGCUCCCAAGUCUCUGGGUCCGUCUGUGCAGACAACCCUGUAUUCACUCCAUCCAGCCUGGUAGUGAAGUACAAGGAUUCAGCCACAGCCAGAUGUGACAUAUGCAAGACUGAAUGUUUAGGCAAACUAAAAGAUUUGGAGAUCUCCGUGGGAAAAAAAAACAAUUUAAAUGAAACUGUGUUGGAGUGGACAGUAGAAAGUUUGACUGAGUGGGACAUGAAACCAAUGUGCUUCUAUACUAUGGAUGAUGGGACACAAUGUGACUCUACCCUGCCUAUCAUCCUCUACCAGCCUCCACAGAGUGUGUCCAUCAGCUUUGUGGGUCACAAGGUGCUGAAUAACAGCAAUGACUACACCCUGCAGUGCACGGUGUUAAACGCGGCUCCGCUCGGAAAUCUUACUGUGACCUUUUACAGAGGACUGACACCACUGAGCCACAACCAAUCCACCAGUAUUGAAAAGAAACCAGAGGAUCAAAACUUCACAAUGAGCUACAGGACCAGUAAAWAUGACAACGGAGCCCAGUUCUGGUGUGAAGCAAAGCUGGAGCUGGGGCCCGGAGGACCAAAGCCCCCACCUGUGGUGAACUCAGAAAAUCUCACAGCUGUGGUUAAAUUUGACUUCACUAUAUACAUAAUAGUGGGAGCAGUAGCAGGGGUUAUUCUGUUAUUUUUUGGAGCGAYACUGAUCUACAUGCAUUACUACAAAUCCAAUCGGAUGGGAAAAUACAGACUAAAGGAUGUUCUCCAACUCAGCAAGAGGCACACUGCAGUUCCUGUUACAGAAUAAAUCUGCAGGAGUGUGGAUGGACUGGAGUUUGGACMUGAACAGUGUCUCUGCUUUGAAUCUGUUUGGAUUUGCAAGUUGCUCUCUCACAUCAUUUCCCAGUUUCUCUUCUCUGACACUUUCUCAGGACACGAAAAACAGUUUUACACGAGAAGUGUAUUCUAUUCACUUCCUCUUUAGCUUAAUUUUUUUAUAAACAAACCACUAGAAGUUCAAAAGUAACUUGCUGCACACAAUUUCACAUUUAAAGUGUACAUUUGUGGCCGGAAAACGAUGUAAAAAGGGCCAGAUUUUUUUCCCGUGGGACUUGACUUUGACACAUUGUCGAUGUUUACUGUUUUGAAUUAUUUGUAAUAUUUGAUAAAAGAAAUGUUAAGUGUUAUGCUGAAAUGAAUACUAAGUAUUUUUUAUUCUGCUGGAAUGGCAACAACAGUAUUUUCUAUAAGAAGGUUUUAUAUGUGAAGAAAGCACUGGUUCUUACCAGUCUUUUUAACUAAUAAAUGUGAAUUUAUUGUUUUCUCCAUCA